AUGGAAUACGGGAUGUAUUUUCCCCAACAAGGGGGGCAGUCGCAGGCGUACGGUUACCGGGUUAAGUACCCGUGUUAUCUGGAACGGCCCUAUGUAUUUGGGACCCAGCUUCCUGCAGGGUACCUUCAAUCGGAUAUAUUUUGUCGACAGAGCAAGGAGGAUCCAAAUUCUACCUAUGAUGAAGACAACUUGGUUCAUUGCAUUGGUGACAUCUUUAUUGCUGGGACAGACAUAACUAGUAGUGUUCUGCAAUGGGCAUUGCUACUAAUGGCAACUCAUCCAGAUAUCCAAGACAAGGUCUACAAGGAGAUAGAAACAGUUUUGGAUCCGUCUCACUCCAUCUGUUAUGGAGAUCGGAAGAAUCUGCCCUACAUCAAUGCUGUGAUUCAUGAGAUUAUACGAAGCAAAUACGUCACAUUAUUUGGACUACCAAGAAAAUGUGUGAAGGAUGUUUACCUCAAUGGAUUUCUCAUUCCCAAGGGGGCUAUGAUUUUACCAGACCUGCGCUCUGUUCUCCUUGAUCCUGAACAAUGGGAGACGCCUGAAAAAUUCAACCCCAACCAUUUUUUGGACAAAGAAGGACAUUUUGUCACUAAAGAAGCAUUUAUGCCAUUUGGAGCAGGUGCUCGGAGCUGCUUGGGGGAACUCUUUGCAAGGAUUCAGGUCUUCAUUAUGUUCACCAGCCUACUGAGGGCAUUUAGGUUGCAACCCCCAGAAGGAGUGGAGAAACUCAGUGAAGAACCAAACGCCAUAGAAGGGGAAAAUGACUAA